UGUGGGUGGCAAGGCAGUGCUGUCGGCCCAGAGCCACAUGUCUGGGAGCGUGUUUAAGGUACCUGUUAUGGGGCCGCCUCAGUGGUCGGGGCUGGGGUUGCUUCUCUGUGCCAGCACACUGCUGCUAGCUCUGCCCAAAAGUGCCAGGUCUCAGGGUGAGUUCUGCCACCACUGGAUGGAUAGCGCCCAGGUACUGCAUGGAGGCUUUCAGUGUCCAGAGGGAUAUGAUACGCCCACUGCCACUUUAUGCUGUGGGACCUGUUUUCUGCGCUACUGCUGCGCCGCCCCUGAGGGGCGACUGGAUCAGGCACAGUGUCCCGAGACGGUGCCCUGGGACUCCGAAGAGGCCGUGCUUGCACCUCCGGAAGGAUCCAUCUACCUGCCCUGGGUGAUCGUGGGUGGCACCUUUUUCAUGUUCAUCAUUUUGGGAAUCCUCGCUGGUAUUGCUUGCUUCCGGUGCUUUUGGUCCUGGAAAAGGAAGAAAGUCUGCACUGUACCUCAAAGCGUUGAACCUGCCAUGCAAAUCUCUAGUCCCAACUCCAGAAUAAAUGACUCAGAAGGCCAACUACUUCACUCCAAACCCAGUGAACCCAGUGUGAAUUCAGUUCUGCAUUUUACCGCUCAGGAAUACCCGAACACCAUCCUUACCAUCCCUACCUCAGUUGGAAGGCCUCUCCACUGGCCCGUUCCCGGGCCUCCCCAGAUAUCUUCCUUAACUCCCAGUACAGCUAUUGUACUAGCCCCUGCUCCCCUAUCAACUGGUACAAUUUCUUAUGGACCAACUUCUGCUCUACACCCCCCAGGCACAUCAUUCCAGGACCCCUUGUUAUAUCCUGAAGCACGUUGUUGAAGGAAGCACCAAGUAAAUGGAGAGGAAAAAGCUCAAACUGAG